AUGGCAGGCUUUGGUCUUUUCGGAUCUCUUCCGGUAGAGCUGCGCCUCAAGAUCUGGAGAUUCGCACUCGAGCACGAAGAGCCUCGACCCCAAGCCCGGCGACACAUGCCCGCUACGCUCGUCUCCUACAUCGGCGGCGAGCGCGGAGAACACAAGCUCCCCGCCGUCUCAGCCAUCUCUCGCGAGAGCCGAAAGGAGUUCCUGCGACUCUACGUCCGCUUCCUCGACCCGCAAGCCCCCGCCCACAGAUCCCCGCAGAGCCAUGGCUACGCGCAUCCACGCAUGGUUCUCGGGAUACACGUCGACUAUGAUGAGGCGAGCAUGAGCCACGGCGUGGCUUCCACGGAACAGGAGCAGUACACUCUCGGAUACAUGACGGACGCCCCCGUCUUGCCCCAGGCUGCUCGGGAGCAGAUCCGAGAGGUCCGGCUCCACGACGUCGAUUUCGUAGCUCGUGCAAAAGGCAGCGUCCAGAUCUUUGAUCCGGACCCGAGCGUCGGCCCCAGGUCCACGGAAGCCAUCUUGUCCCGAAACCCGUUGUGCGACGUCAGACUCCCGCCCCUUCGCCUUCCCAACCUAUCGGCCGUACAGAUCGUGAGCCUCUCGAUCCCCCAGACCGAGCUCAGGGCGCUUUUCGGACCGCGUUUCCACACCCACUACGACUUCAGAUUCCGAUACUCACAGUCGUCCGGCACAGUCUAUGUUGCCUUGGCUAGCUUCCGCUGGUUCCACCGCCCGCUCGGCUGUCGCAUGUUGCAGCUUGGCUUUUCAAGGCCAUGGCCUCGCGUCUUCAUUCGAAUCGAACUUUGUUUCAUAUGGAGAUUAUCGGCCCAGUAUGUUGCUCUGCGUCUGGGACAAGAUCGAAGCCGAGGUUAG